UUCUUUUUUAACACACUCGCUUCCUUCUUUCUCUUAUUUAACUCCUUUUUUUUUCCCCCUUUUAUUUUUAUUUUGCAUAUAAGCAUUGUUCUUAUUUAGCUUUUUCUUCUCCCCUUUAAUCUAUAUUUCUUUUCAGUUCUUUGGGGUGGUACAUUCAAGAAAAAAAAAACCAGUGAAAAAUUAAAGAAAAAGUGGUUAUUUGUUAUUAGAUGGAAAAUUUUCAGACAAUUAUUGUAAUUACAACAUCUCUGAUGCUGCUGAGUUCGGUCGUUUCUUCAGACAAUACCAUCACCACUUCAAACACGACAUCGAAGUACCAGAUCGAGUGCACCAUGUGUUCAUCAUGUGAAAAUCCAUGUCAGCAAACUCCAUCGCCGCCACCACCAUCUCCACCGCCGCCUAAACCAUCUUCACCACCACCUACAGUUCCUAAACCCAACUACUGCCCACCCCCUCCUUCUCCACCCACCUCCAGCGGUGGUGGAAACUACUACUACUCUCCACCACCACCUUCUCAAUCCAGCGGCGGAAAUAACUACUACGCUCCACCACCACCCGUUGGUGUCAUUGGUGGCAUGUACUACCCUCCACCUACGUACAAAAACUACCCAACGCCACCACCACCCAACCCUAUCGUCCCUUACUUCCCUUUUUACUACCAUACGCCGCCACCGCCGUCGGAGGCGAGAAGCUUAUCAUCAACAACACAUUGGCUUUUUAUUUCCAUGUUGGGUUUUUUCCUUUCUUUCUUUUAAUAUUAAAAAAAAAAGUAAUUAAAGGAGAAAAGAUGGUGAAAAUAAAUGUAGAAGAUUUGCAGAUCUGAAGAAGCCAUUGCAGGGAUGAAAAAAAAAGGAACUGAGAAAUUUCUGAAGAUGUAUGAAGUAAUAAUAUUUUUCUCUUCCUUUUUGCUAAUAUUUAUUUUCUUCUUAUGAUGUAGAUUUUAUCCUUUAAUUUUUGUUUUUAUGAUCAUUUUGUAUCUAUUUUUGUUCCAUAUGAAUGUUUAAUUACAAACUAAUAAGAAAGUUUAGUUCAUUUUCACAA